CUAAGCGUUCUUGCGAAGAGCUAAGGCCAGCAUCGGUCGGUGAUGUGCCUUGCUUGGUCCGAUUUUCGUCCUCGUGGUAGACAAUCGAUAAGGUGAACGGCGCGACGAUCAUGGAAGAUGAAGAUGAUCCUGUCGUCGAGGAGAUUCCCGUGCAUUUGUCCAAAACGCUUGCCGACAAUUUGUAUUUGCUGCAGUAUCCGGUAAAAUCAUCCACGGCCACCUUCGAUGAUAGCCGCGUGGUCAACUGUUGCGUGAAGCCCAUCAAUCAACAGAUCAAAGUAGACUACGCGUUGAAUACGGCCUCGACAAACUAUGAUGCCUUCAAGGGGGAACAAUUGGCCCUGGCGGCCGACGGUAAGCAGCGGGACAAGAACCAAAAGCUCACCUUCCGCAGUGGCACGAUGGACAAGCAGUCGUUCCUUAGCACGAAACCGAUCGAGGACGUGAGCCGCUACCUGGUCUGUGUGCUGCAGGACGGCGAGAUGCACGCGACACCGCUCAAAGGGAUCGUUUCGAUGCGACAGAUGUUUUCCUACUUCGACAAGCAGGACACGCGCACCAAAGCCGAGCAAAAGGCCGAACAGGAUGCGGACGGUGGCGGUGGCCCCGACGAGGAGGAACUCACUCAGGUGACGGUGAAGUUCGCACGCACCGAAAACGAAAAAGUGCGGAAGGCGCGCGAAAAGUCGUUCAACUACCUGUCAAAGAUGGAAGCGGAAGAGCCAUGGUGUGAAUCGUUUUGGCACGAAAAGGACACCGCCACGGCAGAUCUCGAGCGCCACAAACUGUACGGCGGUGGUGCAAUGGUCGGCGGCGCCGGUGUUUCGGCACGCGCUGGCCUGGACACGGCCGCACUCAAUGUAAGGCCUGUCGAGUACAUGGAUAUGUUGAUCAGCAAGGAGAAAACGGACCGUAACAUCGAUUCCCUGCUACCGGGACGAGUUGUUUGUCUGCACAAACUCAAACAACUGACACUUCUCGAGCAACUCAAAGUCAUCUUGGCCGACGCAAAGGUAAUAACGUUCGGCCAAAUCUUGGAACUGCUACCGGAUCGGACCGUUUCGCCGGAGAAAGUGCUACGCCUGCUGCCACAGGUUGGCUGGUUGAUACGGGGCAACUGGGUUGCGCAGUCAGAGUUUAUUUACCUCGAAGGAACGGUGUCCGGCACGAACGGGGUACCGGCCGAGCAGAUGCGCAAAGCGCGCGACUACAUACUGUUUCGCUUUACGAAAUGUGAUAGACUGGAGCGGCACCACCUGGCCAUCAUCACGCAGCUGCCCUCCGAAGAGAUUCGCGAAAUCCUGGGCUCGGUUGCGAAGAUGAACGCAGCCGACCGGAGCUGGAGCUUGCUGCAGCCACCGAACGAAAGCUUUGGCGUCGACGAGCAGGAGAUCAGCGAGCGACAGAACGCCUUCUGGACGGCGCGGGCCGACAAGUUCGGGGAAAUGGAACGUGCCAGUAAUAGUGGAGGUGGUGGUGGCGGUGGAGGUGCGAAGCGGGUGCGGAAACGAUCGAUGCGCGACAGUGGAUCGAUUGGAGCAACCGCAGCGGUGACUGCCGCCGCAGUUUCCCUUAGUUCCGCGAAUAACCAUCUCAACUGGCCACUUUCCAACGGUUGAGGACGACCGAAACCCCGGACAUUGUGAAUAGACAAUUACUUGUAAGGCGUGUCGAGCAGGAAGUUAAUCUGACCUACUUGAAGGGUUAGUUUUUUUUAUUUAUACGAAAUAGAAUUCAAACCAUUGUGUUUGCGAGUG